AUGGAUAUUAACUUGGCUGAGCGUGCUCGUGAUGAGCCCUAUGAGCCCAAGGACGACCCGUUAUGGUAUGAAAUCUACGAUUUAGACUCUGGUGAAUGGACUACUCUUGAUGUCGGAAAUUCACACUGGUAUAUAAGCUACAAUAGCUUUGGCGUGUCUCUCAAGGGAAACACUUACUUGCGAGCUUCACCUAGGAACACCUCGAACGAUUGGUUGGCGCGUCACUUGAUAUGUUUUGAUUUUACAAGGAAAAGGUUUGGACCGCUUCUGCCUCUGCCGUUUGAGGCCUUGGAUUAUGAGCUUGUGACUCUCUCUUGUGUUAGAGAAGAGAAGCUUGCGGUUUUUCAUCAGCAGGACGUCCGUGAUUUGACGGUGGAGGUUUGGAUUACGCAGACGAUUGAGGCCGACAAGGUGUCGUGGAUCAAGUUCUUGACAGUGGAUAUGAAACCGUAUUUACUUGGUUUUAAUCCUGGUUUUUCAUUUGGGAGUUUCUUCAUUGAGGAGGAGAAGAAAGUCGCCGUUUUUUUUGAUGAAGACAGACACACUAAGAGGUACAAAGUUUACGUCAUUGGAGAGGCUGGAUGCUUUAGACAAGUGCCACUCCAAGAGUAUACCGACAGGUACUCUCUUGUGCGUGCGUGUUGUUAUGUUCCGAGUCUUGCGGAAAUCAAGCAACCAAGAGGAGGUCAAAGGGAACAACAAAGCAGCUUAGAAACGGUUCUUGCUACGCAGAAGAUGUCGAUACUUACCGCAUAUGGAGCACAAAGAAGAAUAAGAGAGAGAGAGCACUUGAUCUCAACAUAA